CCACGAUUCGUCUACACGUAUGAUUACUAGGUAGGUACCCGAUUAGUGAGACGAAUUCAGCAUGGCUCACAGGGUCCAUAAUAGACUACCGCUUGGAGUCGCUCGUUCCCUCAGUUUCUUCCCCGAAAACAGAUAUAAACUAGAUCCGUUCGCGAAUUGUAUAAAAGAACCCCCCCGCAACAACCCGUAUUCCAGAUGAGGGCUCUUUUAGUAUCCGCGUCUCUUCUUGUAGGCCUCGCAUCUUUUCUAUUCUUUAUCGGCAAGGACCAUAUCCAGCACGUCGUGACAUCGACCGCAAUAACGAUCCUCAGCCAGCUCAACAUCAACAAAGCCACCACCCAGACCCCACACCUUCAAGCCACCGAAAUGUCGGUCUCUCGCGCAAUUCGCAAGGCCUUCUUGGCCGUUGAACAAGCCGAAGGUGCUGGCGCCCGGGUCAGGCGCUCCAUCGGCACCCCGCAAUUACGCAACCUGUCACCCUUCCUCAUGCUCGAUCAUUUCUCCAUCAAGCCCGGCGCCGGCUUCCCCGACCAUCCCCAUCGCGGACAAGAAACCAUCACGUACCUGCUCCACGGAGGAGUCGACCACGAAGAUUUCGCGGGCAACGCCGGAACCAUCGAGAGCGGCGACCUGCAAUUCAUGACGGCCGGCCGGGGCAUCGUGCACGCCGAGAUGCCCAGGCAAAACCCCGACGGCAGCGCCAACGUCGGCCUGCAGCUCUGGGUCGACCUCCCGCAGCACCUCAAGGCCUGCGAGCCGCGCUACCGCGACCUCAAGGCCGCCGAGAUCCCGACGGUCGACGCCGACGACGGCCGCGUCCACAUCAAGGUCAUCUCGGGCCAGAGCCACGGCGUCGAUUCGGUGCGCGACCUCGCCUACACCCCGGUGUGGAUCCUGGACCUGCAGAUCAAACCCGGCGGCAAGGUCACCCAGCCGCUGCCGGCUGGUUGGAACGCCUUCGCCUACGUCCUCGACGGGCAGGUCCUCCUCGGCAAGGGGGACCAGCAGCAGCCGGUGGGCCAAUACCACAACGCCGUCCUGUCGCAGGAGGGCGACGUGGUCGACAUGGCGGUGGACGCGGGGGCCGAAGGCGACGCGCGCGUCAUCCUCAUCGCCGGAACGCCGCUGGACCAGCCCAUCAUCCAGUACGGACCGUUUGUUCUGACCUCGAAGGAUGAGGUCUACCAAGCCCUGGCGGACUAUCAAACACACUCCAACGGCUUUGAGCGGGCUGCGGGUUGGCAGAGCGAAAUUGGAAAGUCCAUGGUCCGUUGAAAUGGGAGAGGUCAAGACGUUUCUCCUUUCACCAAUGACAUGACCACUUAACUAGGUGGCAUUGGCUGUGCCCUUGUGUAUAUACGGAUAGUUAUAUGGGACGUACGUUGCGUUUGUUUUAUUGCUAGCCGGCGUUGUUGUCAUGGGAGGUUUCGGGUGUUUAUCACCUGUACUGGCAAGUUAAGCAUAUAGACAUAUUGGAAUUGGCU